AUGCCCUGUGUCGUGCUUUCGUUUGAAUGGUCGUUCGUCUGCUCAUUGCGGCCGUAUUGGACGUUGUUUUGGAAUGCGAAUGGAUCUUCGCCCUGUCCUGUCCUGCUCGACGUUCCUCCAACACGAAUAUCCACCUCACUCCCCACCCUCCUCCUCCUCCUUCCUCCACCCGCCAAACCCACUGUUUCAAAAUCCAACCCCAAAUAUCCAUAUCCCCAGGCCAACGGCCCCCUAACAGAACAAAACGUCUUCGACUACUUUGCCACCUCGAUGUUCUACGACAAGCAGAGCAACAACCAGGUGUUGCGCAUGCAGACGAUUUAUACGGGUGUGCCGAUUGCUAAUGAGGCUGAGGAGUUGAGACGUUUCACGGGUAUCGAAUUCGCAGUUGUGCACGCCCAGCCACCUGCGUUUUUUAUCAUCCAUAAGAGGGAGAGGAUAUCCCCCGAUGAAGUCAAACCACUGGCCGCGUACUUUAUCAACAAUAACAGGAUAUACCAAGCUCCUGAUUUAUAUUCCCUGCUUUCAAAUCGCCUGCUAACCUCGGUCUCAGCCCUCCAAACAACCCUCGACGUCCUCCGCAAAAAGCGACCCGACUACACACCGCGCACGGGCUUCGUCUGGCCCAUCGUCGGCGAGCCCGAGGACGACGCGAAGAAGAAGGCGGGGGAGAAAGGGGGGAAGGGUGGUGGUACGGGUACGGCGAAGAAGGAGUUGGUACCUUCACUCAAUCCGACGGCGGAUAAGGCUGGUGGUGGGAGGUUGAGUGAUAUGGCUGGAGGAGUUGGAGGGCCCGAGGGAGAUGACGGUGGGGACGGAGGUGUCGAUGGGGACCCGACUGAACCUGCCACUUCGCAAGUUCCUGGCGGUGGGGGAAGUGGAGGGGGUAUAGGCAAAGAAGGCACACAGGGAACGCAGAGUGCGCCCACGCCCGGAUCUACCACCCAGAAACGGCAGAACACUAUCCUGCUAAUGAACGCUAUGCGUACGACGGCUGUGCAUUCCAAGAUUGGGUUGCCUGCUGGGAUCGAUACCAGGCUUGCUGCGGCUGAGAGUUCUGCUACGGGUGUUGGUGGUGCGAAUGAGGGUGCGCCGGCGAGUGCGGGGGGAGGAGGGGAUAGUGGGGGUGCAACGCCGGCCACGAGCGCGUUGAGGUCUAGUGCGACGCCUGCGCCGUCUGGGCAGGAGGCUGCUAUCAAGGGUGUGAAUCCUAAUGCGGAGGGGACGAAGAAAAAGAAGAAGAAACGGCUGUCGAUUGCGCCCACGCCUGCUGCCAGUUGA